AUGGAGGUGUUAUUCCGAGCACCCAACUUUGCAGGGCGGUCAGGCCGCCCUGACCACGGCCCCGCCCCGCAUCCCGGCCCACCCACUGUGGCUCUGGCCCCGCCCCCGAGGCCCCCAUUGGCCCCGUCAAGCACUCCGCCCCCCAUCUCGCAAUGGCAGAGCCGCGGACGCGCGCGGGGAGACAAGAGCAGGCGGCGGCGAGCGGGGCGCGGGGCUAUACGCGGCCGCCUGUGGCUGGGCCUGGCGUGGCUACUGCUGGCACGGGCGCCCGGCGCCGCGGGGACCCCGAACAGUCCGCGGAGACCGCGCAGCUACACGCAUCUGGAGGGCGACGUGCGCUGGCGGCGCCUCUUCUCCUCCACCCACUUCUUCCUGUGUGUGGACCCCAGCGGCCGCGUGCAGGGCACCCGCUGGCGCGACAGCCCUGACAUUGCGCUCUAUCCGUUGCGCUCUAUCCGCGUGAGCAUCGUGGCGCUGAAGGCCAUGAACAUCGGCUUUUACGUGGCCAUGAACCGCCGCGGCCGCCUCUCCUGGUCGCGGGUCUGCGUUAGGUUCCGGGAGCGCAUCGAGGAGAACGGCUACAACACCUACGCGUCCGUGCGCUGGCGCCACCGCGGCCGGCCCAUGUUCCUGGCCGUCCCAUGUUCCUGGCGUUGGACGCGGGGUUGGGGGGGCGGGGGGGUGCGGCGCGGGGGCCCGAGGCGCGGGGUCCGCACGCAGCGACACCACCCGCCCACGCACUUCCUGCCCGUCCUGGUCUCCUGAGGCCCAGGAUCCAUGAGUGACGGCUGGACCGAGAUUCCAGGAGGCGCGCGAGCCGGGCGGGCGGCUGAAGACCGAGGCCGGGGAAGGCCCGGUCCGGACGAGCCCGUGUCUGGUGACUCACUGGUUUCACGUGCGUUGAGCGCCUGCUGUGCUGGGCACUGGGGACACCGCCGGACCCCACAGACGCGGCCGGCCCUCAGGGAGCCCCUGAGUCUAGGGGACAGUGAGCUGAGCAGGGGCCAUAGGAGUCCAGUCACAAGCUGGGGGGCAGGGAGGCUUCGACAAAAGCACCUGCCAGUUUGGAGACGGGGACUCGGCCACGUGGGGGCCAGGUCUGGGAGGGCACUCCAGGCCGGGCACAGCCAAGCAAAGGCUCGGACCUGGGAACUCAUUGGGGUGCCUGAGGCAGCGAGGAGGUGAGGGAGGCUGGGGGACACCGACCCGCCAUAGACUGGCAGGGCCUGGUCCUGGGCCUCUGAGCACGUGUCACCUCAUGGGGCAGAGGGGACUUCGCAGGUGGGAUUGUUAAGGCCCCUGAGACAGGGACGACCCUGGAUUCCCCGAGGGGCCCAGCGUCAUCCCAGGGUCCUUAUACGAGGGAGGCGGGAGGGUCAGAGGCAGAGAGACGGGAGAUGCCGCGCUGCUGGCUGUGAGGAUGCGGGAGAUGCCGCGCUGCUGGCUGUGAGGAUGCAGGAGGGGCCGCGAGCCAGGGAUGCGGCGCCUCUAGAAGCUGGAAAAGGCGGGAACCGAUGCUCCCCUGGAGCCUCCGGAAGGACCCGCCCUGCCCACGCCUGCAUUUAGCCCCUAAGAUGCAAAUUGUGACCCCAGGACUGAGAUGAUAAGCGUGUUGUUUUAAGCCACCAAGUUUUGGUGACUUGUCACAGCUGCCCUUGGAGACGCGAACACAGAGCCCCUCAGAUCCAGCAGGGUGUACAGGCUGGGGUGGGGGUGGGGCACGAUCAGCCUCCUGGGGGUUGAUCUUCCUCUGAGGGGCAGGGGUGGAGCCAAGAGGGUGCAGGGGAGGCUCCCACCCCUCCCAGCAGCC